CUCCGGAUCCAAGUCUAACCAAGCUCGUCGAGCUCAGAGCUGUUCCUGGUCGACACAUCCCGUCCGAUCCAGUGCCGCCGGCCGACCGUCGAUGUCUCAGCAAGCUUCCCCUCUGCCAUGCGCUCCCGAUGCGGCGGCGGCCCAGCCUUGCCCGCCACCGCCGGGGCACAGCAACGGUCGCCACGGCGGCGCGGCCACUGGCAUCGCCGCCGCCGGUGACCGCCCCAAUGACAGCGGCGCGCGCCCUCCACCGCCGCCGGAGGCCAACGAGCUCCGGCGGGAACAGCGCGCCGACGGCCCCGCGUGCGUGCUCGCCGUCGGCACGGCGAACCCAGCGAACUGCAUCCCGCAGGACGAGUACGCCGACUGGUACUUCCGGGUCACCAAGAGCGAUCACCUCACCCACCUCAAGGACGCCAUGAAGAAAGCAUGUGAGCAGGUGGGUGUCAAGAAGCGCUACUUCCAAGUCACCGAGGAUCUCCUCCGUGCACACCCGGAGAUCCUGGACCCCGCACUCCCAUCCAUCGACGCCAGGCUCCAAGCCGUGGCAGCCGCUCUGCCCGAGCUCGCCGCGGCUGCCGCGGCGAAGGCCAUUGCCGAGUGGGGCCGCCCGGCCGGCGACAUCACCCACCUCGUCGUCAGCACCAGCUCCGGCGCGCAGAUGCCGGGCAUCGACGUCCGCGUGGCCUCCCUGCUCGGCCUCCGCCCCACCGUGCGGCGCACCAUGAUCUACUUCCAGGGCUGCACGGGCGGCGCCGCCGCGCUCCGCGUCGCCAAGGACGCCGCCGAGAACAACCGCGGUGCGCGCGUCCUCGCCGUCUGCGCCGACGUGCUCAGCGCCAUGGCCUUCCACGCCCCCGACGAGGCGCGCGCCGAGGGCCCCGCCGCGCACGCCAUCUUCGCGGACGGCGCCGGCGCCGUCGUCGUGGGCGCCGACCCCCGCGCGGCCGACGAGCGCCCCGUGUUCCAGAUGGUGUCCGCCUCGCAGGCCACGAUCCCGGGCACCGAGCGCCUCGUCACCGGCGACUUGGGCGCGGCCGGCCUCGGGUACAGCCUCGCAACGCCCGAGGUGCCGGUGCUGGUCGCCGAGAACAUCGAGCCGGUCCUGGCCGCCUCCGUGGCGCCGCUCGGCCUCGCGAGCGGCGGUGGGUGGAACAGCCUCUUCUGGGUGGUGCACCCGGGGAGCCACCUGAUCAUGAACAGCUACGAGAAGGUGCUCCGGCUGGAUCCGGGAAAGCUGGCUGUCAGCCACCAUGUGCUCACCGAGUACGGGAACAUGAUAGGGCCGACGGUGCUCUUCGUCCUCAAGGAGGUGGUGCGCCGCCGCCGGCUGGACCUGGACGGCGAGGGUGAAGGGGAGGGGUGCGAGUGGGGGCUGCUGGUGGGACUCGGGCCGGGGUUCACCGCCGAGGUGAUAGUGUUGCGCGCGUGUAAAUAAGUGUUGCUGCGCCCACUCAAUUUGAUCAAGACAGCAUAAAAGUGGUAUCAUGUCAAUGUAACAGCAGACACCGAAACAAAUCCUCCUCCAUUGGUGUGCCCAUCU